UGCAGGGGAUAGCCACAGAGAUUCUAUGUCUCCAGCGAUGUGUUUACUGAAACAAAUUCCGAGCGAGCGUAUUGUGCUUGGAGUUGCACGUUGUUGAUGCGUAAGAAAUAAUGUUAACGGUAGGCAUUGCACGGGUGCAGGUUGUUUUAAAUAAAUACGGUGUGAAGCCUUUCUGGAAAAUCUGAAAAAAUUGAAAGUGUCGUAAUUAAAAGCUAUUGUUGCUUUCCGUAGCGGUGAAAAGGUUCCCGUAACUAGAAAUUUAGCGACGAUUGUCUGUGGAAAUAGUCAACCUGCUCGGAAGUUUUGGUAUUUGACUUGCAGUUUUACUAAUAUCGUGGAGAAACGUAAUUUUACAGGCAGACGGGGAUAUCUCAUGACUUAAGUAAAAAGACAGAGGUCAUAUUUUCACCCAUACAAACAAUGGAAUACUGAAAACUAAAAAGAGAGCAUGUGCACAUGUUGGAGGACUUUUGAAUGGCAGGUGCUGCAAAAAUUGUAAAUCUCAACCAUGUUGAUACGUGGGAUCAGUACUUUAAGAAGAACAGAGACCGACUGAAAGAUCAUUUUGCAAAUGCCAAAGUGCAAUGUGAUCCUGAUGCACGCUAUUCUCCAAAUAAUAAUCUCAGCAAGAAAGUUUCAAUAUGGCAAGGAGAUAUAACGAAGUUGGAAAUUGAUGCAAUUGUAAAUGCAGCAAAUUCAUCCCUUAUGGGUGGUGGAGGAGUGGAUGGUGCUAUUCAUCGGGCAGCUGGUCCAGAAUUGAAGAAUGAGUGCAAAGGACUUGGAGGCUGUGAGGCUGGUGACGCAAAAAUUACAAGCGGCUAUAAAUUACCAUCAAAAUAUGUUAUUCACACUGUUGGUCCUCAAGGAGAAAAGCCAGGGCUUCUUAAAUCUUGUUAUGAUACGUGUUUGAAUAUACUCGUCAACAAUAAUCUACGAACAGUUGCCUUUCCCUGCAUUUCAACAGGAAUUUAUGUUGGCAGUCCUAAAAUGCCAGCUGGCAGCCGAUGUUACUGUACCAACAAAAACAUGCAUCUGCAACACACGUUGAUUCUGCUGUUACUGCUAGAGAUGAACAAGGAUACCCUCCAAAUGCUGCAGCUAUCGUUGCUCUUAAAACCGUUCGGAGUUUCCUGGAGAAGAAAGGAGAUUCAGUGGACAGAGUGAUAUUUUGCUUGUUCCUGGAAAAUGAUGUGAAGAUUUAUGAAUAUCUUCUGCAGGCCUACUUCCCAGUAGAAUAAACCAUUAAUAAAAAUUGUUUGUAUUUGAUACAAUGUGAGAGACUGGUUCUGAUAAAUAGAAAGGAAUGUGUCAUUACUUUGAUUUGGAUCUUGCACAUACUGUUUUAUCAGUAAAUAAAAAUUUAUUUAAUUUGAACAAAUAUUGCCACCAUUAUGAUGGACAUAAUUGGGAUUUGAAAUAUGUGUACAUUUAUUUAUUAUAUAAUUGUCUUUUUUCACUUGAUUUACUACUUGUUGCAAUUGACUUAUGUAAACGUACAUUGAAAUAAAAUUCUUUGCAACAUGUAGUAUA